AACUCCGUUCAGAGUCACUUUAUGCUUCGUCUUUGGCUCACCAGCGGCAACGGCAGCGGCAACUUCGAAUUUGGAACCAAAAACAUAUUUUUUUCAGUUUUGUUCGCUUUCGGUUUCAUAAUUAAAUCGUCUAGUGGAGUGCUUUAAUGAUCUCGUUCGAAAUAUGUUUUAACCAGAUCAGUGCAUUGUGAGAUUGAGUUUCAGCCUGAAUUAAUAUGUUUUCACAAAUGCAUCAAUAAAAUACUUUAUACAAUUUUUCUAAGCUUUUGAUCUGUAUACCUUUGUAAAGAUGUUACGAUACCUGCUAAUUCUUUGCGCCCUCAGAAGCGCUUAUUGCGGUGACACCGAGUUACUAACUCAAACAGUUUAUGGGUUUUUGGACUUUACAACCACAAUUGGUAAUACUGUUAUGGUAUUCUCCCCACAAAGCUCUCCUGCAUUCGAAAUUAAGUCGAAUAGUACCCACGAAAUUAUAAAUAUUAUAGAAACAAAGCCGGAAGAUUCUAAAAAAGAAGAAGAAAUCAAGCCAACUCCUUCAAUUGUGACACAAUCGAAUGUUCACGUAGAAACCGAAACUUCCUAUGUAGAUUCCUAUAAUAAUAUUUCCAACAACUCCCCCAUCGAAACCCUAUUGAAUACCCCUGAAUACGAUCUACUUUCGCGCCAACCCGAGCAAUAUGCCGAAGAAACCUAUCGUCUGGUUAACUUCAAGUCGAGGAACGAUGCCGAUCGCCAAAGAGUGUAUCCAUCCAAGAAAGAACCAAAUCACGGAUACCAGACAAGAUCGAGUGAGGUUAAAACCGUGCUGGCUACCACAAAAGAUUUUGCGAAAUUUUCAAAAGUUUCUCAGUACCCGAAUUCAAGUACGGAAAAAAAGAGUAAGCCACGUCAGACGCGAACAAACAAACCAGUGACGGCGUCUACCAUCCAGCCGAGCAAGACUGUGAGAGAGUCUGCCCCGUCGACUUUGGUGUCCAGUAAGUCGUCGUCGUCGUCGUCACGCAAAAACCAGCAAAAUGGUCGCGAUAACCGAGGCUCCAGCACAAGAAAAUCAUCGCGGCCCAAGGGAAAAAGGAGGAAUAAGCAUACCCAAAGCUCCAAAGUCGUGGUGACUCCAUCAUCGACAGAAACCUCCGUACGCCAUUCAUAUCGCACCAAAGCAAAUACGGUCCAGGAAGAACCUGUCAGCGUCGUUAGCGCCAACACCUUCAAGCUUAAUAGACGUCCUGGACGGUGGCAGUACAAGUCAUCGCCGAAGCCCAAGGUUAACAUUAGGAAGAACGCCAAUCCCAAUGUUCCCACUACCAUCCAAAAUGAUACUUUGCUAACGGAAGACAUCCUGCCAGAGAUAAUCACCAACCAGGCCAUCAACAAUGGAAGGGAUUUGGAAGCAUCCGGAUCCCAAAAUGGACCUGUUGCCAACAAUAACGAAGAAGCCAACUCCAAGUACUUUGUGCAAACAUUGAACGUGGAAAUAUCCACUCCUCAGCCUUUCAUAGACACCUACUACGAAAUUGCCACCAUCAAGACUCCAUUUAUAUUUCAGGCUGGCGUUGUUAAGAAAACGCGUUUUCUGACCGUAACUUCAACAAUAGAAAAAGUUAUCCAAGAGGAGCACACCAAGGAGUAUACCGAAGAGGAUGGUCCUCUUACAGAGAAUAUCCUAGAAGCUACUUCCAGCAUGGACGAAAAAACCCUGGCUGGUAGCAUCACUACAUUGAAACCCAUUAUUUUGGGAGAGGAGACAGAGACUCCUAGCUUGGAAACGAUCACCGAAUCCUUUUCAAUCACCCAAACUAAACUAAAAACACAAAUCCUUCCUGUUAUCUUUGAAAAACGAAAUGAAACCAUCCAAAUAACUCUGGUCCAGACAUACGACUAUACCAGCCUGAUAACAGUGACUCAGACCAUUUCCCCAUUGAGCGAGGACGUCAAUCCCUCAAAUAACUUUAAGGACUUUGAAGGAAACCUGGAUGAGGCCGGGUCGGAAAUAAACUUGGACCUUGAGUUUGGCGAUGAGGAUAAUUUGGGAAAAUUCGAUGCUAAAAUCAAGCCCAAGAACAAGGUGGAGGUGAAGAGCAAUGUGACUAACCCGUUGAUUCCGGAAACAAUUAGCUUGCCGGAAACUGUGCAGAAUAAUUUGGUAACUUCGACACGUCCGGUGAUUAAAAUGGAAACUCUUUGGGAAUCACAUGUCGUUCCACUGGUUAGGGGCACCGAGACGAUUUUGAGAACGCUCUCAAAGUCGGUUGGCGUUGUUGAGAAGACGGAAUAUGUCACGGAUGUUGCCACUAUUUCUAUGCCACCACCCUCAUCGCAGUACCCAUUCUCGAUCAAUCCGUACUUUAACCCGCUACUGCCCAUUCCUCCACAGCAGCUAAUUACUUCCACUGAAAUCCAGCAAUCCAUGGUUACAAAAACCAGCUCAAAGGUUUUGAAGCUUACUUUUGGAGCGAGAACUGCUUACACCACCAUCUUCUCCACAUCCGUUGUCCCAACAGCUGUUACGAAACUAAUUACAGCCACUAUUCCCGUUCAGCACUCUGGAUCCUUCCCGAACUACUAUCCUCCUCCGUAUCCUCCCUUUGCUUACGUUGGUUAAUUCAUAAAUACAUCGAUGCAAGGAGGGAGCGCCUGAAACCAUAAAUUCAAUUGAAAUUAGAAAUCCUGUAUUAUAAUUAAGUUCAUGUGCAAAUAUCAAAAGGCGGUGAUACAAAAGCAAUAGAUUUUAUUAGAUUUUACGUGAACUUUGUCGCAAAAGUUGUAAAUAUAAAUAAUUUAAAUAAGUCUAAAUUUAAGAAUUAAACGAAUUUUUUGGAUAAUUAGAUAAGCAAAAAAAUGGUUGUUGUUUGGUUAAACUGCUCAGUUAAUAAAUUUUUUGAACCCUUUAUUUCCUAA